UAUUAAAGGGAAAUAGGUUUAAACUUGUAAUUGUGUAAUAAGAAUGGCAGAAUGCCGUUAUUUUAGUGAGCAUGCGCAGGUGCAGCAGCAGGUCACGUGUUCUUGUAGAGAAAAAUAAAGAAAUCUCUGCAGAGCUGAGGCUAACGGCGGAGUUACGGUCCUCACGGCGGAGACUCCGGGAGUGAGAAAGCAGCCAGCGAACCGAGAGAAGCAUGAGCUAGGCCACAGAGACGCGGUGACGCUCACAGGUGAUCAGGUGUGUGUUGUAUCAGCUGCAGAAUGCCCAUCCCUCCUCCACCUCCUCCUCCACCUGGGGGACCCCCGGGACCCCCGCCUCCCCCCACCUUCAGCCAGGCUAAUACCAGCCCCCCGAAGCUGAGCAAGGAGGAGGCCAAAGGUCGUGGCGCGCUGCUGUCGGACAUCUGCAAAGGCGCCAAGCUGAAGAAGGUGGCGGUGGUAAACGACCGCAGCGCCCCGCUGCUCGACAGUAAGACUCAGACACCAAAGAGCCAAACAACCCCCACUGAGCACCCAUACAUUCGCUUAUACCAGUACCUACACCAGCAGCAGAGCCUGCCCAAACAGCAGGGGGCGCCGUCUGAGGAGCAGAAGAAGACAGUUGGAGAUAAGAGCCCCACGCUGUCGCUGGAGAAGCCGAAAGGAGGUGGAGCAGCAGCUGCAGGAGCCAAUGGAAGCGGAGCAGGCAGUCCAUCUGGUUGUGCUGCACCAAUCGGAGGCCUGUUCACAGGCGGAGUUCCCAAACUGAGGCCAGUCGGAGAUGGCGCCGUCGGUCGCUCUCCCUCCACUCGGGCUGCUGCGCCCCGCCCUCCCAGCCAUCGCCAUGAUGAUGCAGAGAGCCCCUCCCCUCAGGCAUCAUCACCCAUGGAGACAUCUCGCAUGCCGCGUCCUUCCCUCCCCAACCUGUCUUCAUCCCCUUCUCCCUCUUCCCCCUCCUCUACAGCCUCAUCCCCCUCCACCGGCAUGAAACACUCUUCCUCUGCCCCUCCUCCACCCCCUCCCUUAUGUCGCAGAGGUAACGCCCCCUCCCCUCCCACCUCCGCUUACAACAGAGAGAAGCCCCUUCCCCCCACCCCCAACAACACCCCUCCACUGCCCUCCAAACCCCCACCAUCUCCUAGCAACAGCAGGCGCCCUCCUACCUCGGGAGGAAACCCUGUGUCGUCCUCCUCUCUGGCCCCGCCCCCUCCACCAUACCGCAUCACUAACGGCCCAGGUGGAGAGGCAGCACCCGAGCUGCCACAGCGCCACAACUCACUCAGCAACAAGAGGCCCGCCCCCUCACCAGGGGGCCACACCCCUUCCAGAGGCCCUGCCCCUCCACCUCCUCCAGCGUCACCUACACCCUCCCAGCAGGGUGCCAACAGGCCACCACCCCCUGUUAGAGAGCCGCCAGGUAGAGGAGCAGCUCCUCCGGUUCCGGUCCAGACAUCCUUGAGGGCUGGUGGCAGAGAAGCCCCGCCUCCCCCUCCUUACAGGACACAUGGUAGCCCCUCCCUCUCUUCCGAUCCCCCGACCCGAGGAAAACCUCCUCCCCCGCCCACCCGCACCCCAGCCGCUCCUCCCCCGCCUCCCCCUCCUCUCCGAAACGGGCACUCCUCCUCCGUCCCUCGCUCGUUUGCGGAUGAUUUUGAGUCCAAGUACUCGUUCCAUCCUCUGGACGACUUCCCUCCUCCGGACGAGUACAGACACUUCACCAAGAUCUACCCGAGCAAGGCCAACAGAGUGAUGCGAGGAGCUCCUCCCCUUCCUCCGGUCGGGAGGUGAACCAGGAAGAUCACACCCUGGACCACACACACACACAGACACACACACCUUACAUCCAUCAUCCUGUCUGAAGUCUGCGGCGUUCCGGCUUCGUCAUCCUCGCCUUCUCCAUCGCUGCCUCAUCUAUGCUCACAGCUGAUUGGCUGAGAGAGGUCUGACAGACUGACGAGUCUCAGAGAGAUGGCGGGAGGAAGCACUGAGGAGCCUGAUUUAAAGGGCCAGUACGUCCGUGCACGAGUCCUCCGAGAUAAAUGUGAAGCUUGGGAGGCGCUGAGCCUCCUCUCUGCACCGUUUUCAUGUUUUUAGUUUUGCACCGGCACUUUUUGUUUUCACAGACGUCUGCACGGACGCAGGACACAAGAACAAAGUCACUCAGUGAAUGAGCUGAAAGGAGCCGCUCGGCGUUUUAGGAAACCUUCUACAAGGAGCUGAUUGACAGGAGACUCGUCGUGUCCCUGAGACCAUGACGAAACGUUGAGUCGCUCCUUUAACGAGGCUUCAACUCAUGUUUCCUGUAGGAAGCUGGAUCGGGACCUGAACGGAACUCACUUCCUGUGUGAGGAGACACGAUGGCAGCGUAACGGCUUCGUCAUCGUCACCUGCUGUGGUGAUGUCAUUGACCUCUUACUGAGACUGGAGCUGGUCCGUGAGCAGGCGGGUCUUUAAGUGCCAAGUGGGAGUAACUCAUCUGGGAUCAGCUGACUCCUGCUGCAGGUCAUCAGCAGCUUAUACCAUGUUGUGGACUGUGUGGGGGGGUGAUGGAACAAACCAUCACAGACAGACUGGAAGUCUCCCACCUGCAGCGAGGACUUCCUUCCUUUUUUCUUCCCUGUAACUACAGACUAAACCUGGUGCAUGUUGUCUUUAUCUGAGCUGUGUGUGCGUGAGAGAGCACAUUUCUUUUUUUAAAGUGUUAAAUAAUUACCCAUGAUGCAGAGCGCGCAGGUGUGAGCAGCAGGUCGACACUCGCUCUGAUUUCAGGAGCUGAAUCUUGAGUUUUAUUUGAGGUUCAAAUCAGGAAGCUGACGAUGUAAAAUAAUCUGAGAGCGACGAAGUCGAGAAGUCGCGAUGAAGAUUCACACAAGUAAAAAUGAUACUAAUGAAAGUUGUUGGAAUAAUUUGUCAGUAGAAAUGCUUUAAUGUUUGAUGGGAUAAAACAUUUAAUUCAAAAAAGCUCUGAAAAUAAUUUUGAUUUAAUGCUCGAGUUGAUUAAAAUAAUAAAAUGACAUUUAGAGAAAAUGAGGAGAUUUCUGGAAAUGAAGUCAGAUUACAUUUCUUUGAUAAAGCUGAAAAAGAGAAACUAACGUGUAAAAUCAGGAUGUUUUCAUUUACCUCGUUUUCUCUAACGUGUCCGUGUCACACUCAUGUUUCCAGUUUCUUGUGACUGUUUCGAUGUUUUUAAACGUACGUUCAUGUUCGAUGACUCGUUUUGUUUGUCACAUGAAGCCUUUUCCCCGUCGCGUCCUGAAUCCUGGUCACGUGACCCAUGAGCGGUUUGAGACUGAAUCUGUUGUGGUGCUCAGGUUUGAGGUGUUUGCGGUCAGAGCAGAUUUCGGCUCUUCUUCUUCUCUGGAUCUUCGCUUGCGGUCCUGCAGCAGCAGAAUGCGGCUCAGUCUGCACCCUUCGUUCCAUUUUAUAGCAAACUGUCUGAUUUUGUCUUCUUUGAUGAUGCAUUUUGAACUGCAGCAGAGCCUCCUGCCCCAUGCCUGCUGUGUUCUGCCUUACACACAGUUAGACUCUGUAAAGAAACGACUAAAAGCUGUAACAAAGCGACCCGUGUGCUGCAGGGUGGUGGUAGUGAUGGUAACCGUAGUGACGAUAGUGUCGGGCUGUCCUGCAGCUUCACUGAGGCUGAACCUUCAGUCCCAGUUUAACAGCAUGCUCCUCUGCUCUCAAUAAACUCCUCAGCGACU